UGUGUUUAAAAUACUAAGAUAAAAAACAAAUUGGUAACACUGCGUCCGCCAUAUUCCUCAAAUAAAUCAAUCAAGGCAGUCACGUUUUUCUAGAAAAGAGGAACAUUUUCAAUCACUUUGUGUCGUUACAAACGAAGUUUAAAAAAAAUGAUGCAACCACAAAUUGUCCUUUUGAAAGAAGGAACAGAUACUUCUCAGGGCAAACCACAACUGAUCUCGAAUAUAAAUGCCUGCCAAACAGUUGUGGACGCUGUACGUACCACUUUAGGUCCCCGUGGGUUGGAUAAGCUAAUCGUCCAACAAAACGGCAAAGCGACAAUUUCCAAUGAUGGGGCGACUAUUAUGAAGCUUUUAGAUAUCGUCCAUCCCGGUGCUAAAACACUUGUUGACAUUGCUAAAUCACAAGAUGCUGAAGUAGGGGACGGCACCACCAGUGUGGUACUCUUAGCUGGAGAGUUCUUGAAACAAAUCAAACCUUAUGUGGAAGAGGGUGUGCAUCCUAGAAUUAUCAUCAAAGCAGUCAGAAGAUCCUUACAAUUGUGCCUAGAAAAAAUUAGCGAGAUGUCUGUUAAAAUCAACAAGGCAAAUGCUGCUGAGUUCCGCUCACUACUAGAAAAAUGUGCUGCCACAGCAAUGAGUUCUAAGUUAAUCAAUCAGCAGCGCGACUUUUUCUCUAAAAUGGUUGUGGAUGCUGUUCUACUUUUGGAUGAGCUCCUCCCACUCAACAUGAUUGGAAUUAAAAAAGUCCAAGGUGGUGGACUUGAGGAGUCCAUUCUUGUAGCUGGGGUGGCUUUUAAGAAGACUUUCUCCUAUGCUGGCUUUGAAAUGCAACCCAAGGUUUACAAGAACUGUAAAAUUGCACUGCUGAAUAUUGAACUGGAACUCAAGGCUGAAAGGGACAAUGCUGAGGUUCGUGUGGAUAAUGUUAAAGAGUAUCAGAAGAUUGUUGAUGCUGAAUGGAACAUUCUUUAUGAUAAACUUAAGAAGGUUCACGAGUCUGGUGCCAACGUUGUUCUCUCAAAAUUGCCCAUUGGAGAUGUAGCUACACAAUUCUUUGCUGACAGGGACAUGUUCUGCGCUGGUCGCGUACAAGAAGAAGAUUUAAAACGCACCCUUAAGGCUUGUGGUGGUGCCAUAAUGACCACAGUGAAUGACCUCAAAGAUUCGGUUUUGGGCAAAUGCGAGUUGUUCGAGGAACGUCAGAUUGGUGGUGAACGUUACAACUUUUUCAAGGGAUGUCCAAAUGCCAAGACUUGUACCAUGAUUCUACGUGGCGGUUCUGAACAGUUCCUGGAGGAGACUGAAAGAUCUUUGCAUGAUGCCAUUAUGAUCGUUAGAAGAACGAUUAAAAAUGAUGCCAUCGUUGCUGGGGGCGGUGCCAUCGAGAUGGAGUUGUCCAGAAUGUUACGCGAUCAUUCCAGGACGAUCGCCGGCAAAGAACAAUUGCUCAUUGGGGCAAUUGCAAAGUCCUUGGAAGUGAUUCCAAGACAAUUGUGCGACAACGCCGGAUUCGACGCCACAAACAUACUCAACAAACUCAGACAGAAACAUGCACAAGGUAACUGCUGGUAUGGAGUUGAUAUUAACAAGGAAGAUGUAGCUGACAAUUUCGAAGCAUGCGUCUGGGAACCAGCCAUUAUUAAGGUGAACGCCUUGACUGCUGCCGCAGAGGCGACCUGUUUGAUUUUGUCUAUUGAUGAAACCAUCAAGAACCAAAAGUCUGAGGCACCGCCUCAAAUGGGACGCGGUAUGGGGCGGCCAAUGUAAUUUUGGUAACAUGUUAAAACUUCAUUGAUCUUAUUUAUAUAAUACUGUUUAACUCUUGAUUAUCUAUCAUCAUUGCACCACAUAACUUUUCUAAUAAAAGCUUUAAUAAUGA